CUGCAGGACCGCCCCCCCUUCCCUCUGCACAUUCGCUCCGAGCAUUAUGACGUCACGGCGUUCUUUAAAAAGCACCAGAGAAAACACUCGGCAUUGAGAAAAAUAAAUGCCCUCCGAUCUUGAUUAAAAGCGGUAGCGGCGACCCGCAGAUAGAGCGAGCUGUAUAAAGCAAACGCGAAGAACUGCCCAUAGAAGCCUCCUCGGCAAACAUGGUGUCCCCGGUGACCGUGGUGAAGAGUGAAGGUCCUAAACUCGUGCCCUUUUUCAAAGCCACCUGUGUCUACUUUGUCCUCUGGUUGCCAACCUCCAGCCCUUCCUGGUUCAGUGCCCUGAUCAAGUGUUUGCCAAUCUUCUGCUUGUGGGUCUUCUUGCUGGCCCAUGGGAUCAAUUUCCUGACAGCCCAUCACAAUGCCUGUAGGAUCUUCGCUGGUUUGAUAUUCUCUGCCUUGGGAGAUGCUUUCCUCAUCUGGCAAGAGCAGGGUUACUUUAUUCACGGCUUGUUGAUGUUCGGUAUUACACACAUACUGUAUUCCUCAGCAUUUGGGAUUAAACCUUGGGAUCUGAAAGUUGGCCUUGGGAUUGGCUUGGUGUCCAGCUUCUGCUACACCUUCCUGUAUUCCUACCUUUCAGGCCCAUUUACCUAUUUGGUAGCUGUCUACGUUGCCUUAAUUGGCUUCAUGGGCUGGCGGGCUAUGGCUGGUGUGCAGCUCUGCAACGACCUUUGGACUUGGACCAAGCUUUCUGCUUGCAUCGGUUCUGUGCUUUUCAUGGUAUCUGACCUGACUAUUGCGGUCAACAAAUUCUGCUUUCCUGUCCCCUACUCAAGGGUCAUUAUCAUGGCCACUUACUAUGCGGCUCAAAUGCUCAUUGCACUUUCUGCAGUGGAAAGCAAGGAUGAAGAAGUUUUCAGAAAGAGAAAAUAAGAGACUGAUGUCUGCACAUACACCAGUUCUGUUGGGGAUGCUACAGCUGCAUGCAUCCUGGAGGAUGUUCCAGAAUCUGUGACUGCAAAUCUUGCUUCUUUGAAGCUUUUCUUUAUAGUAUUUGGACGGUCUUGUCUAGUCCUGUUGAUUGGAGUAUGGAACUCACAGUGGAGGCUUAGAUGGUUUUAGAGAAUUUACUUCCUGACCCUUGGAAACCUCUCUCUUAACACAUUAGUAUAUUUGUAUAAUACAAAAACUGGUGCUGAACAUUCCAGUGGGACAAAGCUCAUUUCAGAACAAUAUUACUAUUAAAUAGGGUAGGCAAUACACUGGAAUUUAAGAGCUUUGCCUUCGACACAGAAUGUGCAAAAAUCACACAAAAAAGAGUCUCCAUACUGCCUAAGCCCCUGUAUUGCAUACAUUGCAUUAGAACUGUGAGCCAUUGUGAGUCUACACAAGAAAUCUUUGGGACUUGAAAAAUAAUCACAGGAUGUAGGAGCAUUCAUGUCAAUCACUAUGGGUAAUGUAAUGUAUGCUGUCCUUGGGAGAAAUCAGUUUAAAUUCCAGAUUCAUGAAAUCAUGUAUUUAUAGGCCAUGCAUAGCCUUUUUUUUAUUUUUUUGGUGAAUGUGAAUCCUGCGGAGCAUCUGUUUUUCUGCAGAUUUUAAAAGCAACAACAAAAUGCAAUGAACUUUCUCAGGCUGGUAGAGGUUGGAGGCAGGGAAAAAUGUCGGGGGAAAAAAGGGUUUUAACAAUAAAACAAGUCAUGCUGUUCAGUGCAUCAGCUCUUCCAAGGGAAAGCGUCCAAUGUUAUUAGUACUGAAACACUACGAAGGACACUUGGGCAUUUUUAAGACACCAGCUGCUUUGUAGACAUAAUUGAUUGGCCAAGAAAAUCACCUCAUUGUACAAGAUUCCCAGCCUGUUUUCCUCUCCACAAUCAGUGCCAGUAUGUCUUGGAAGAGAAUGCAUACGCUGAUACGCAAGAAUCUGAGCAUGAUGUUGUGAAGAAUGACUGUGAAAUGGAUUUCUAAGGUACAUUUGCAAUUCAUCCUUCACCUGUGGAUUAUUUAAAGUGAGGCCAGUGGCUUCCAGGCAGUUGCUCUUCUUCUUUCUGUAGAUGUGCACAUCAAUAUUUCCCCAUCCCGUCCAGCAAGCUGUAGACUUUGCAGGUGCCUUCGUGUCUCACUACAGCUGCAGCAUGGAUCAUGCUGACAGGCACAGCCCGUCACCCAAGUGCUGAGAAACUUAUCACUUCACCAUGCUCCAGAGCCAUUCAUUUGCUCAUUUUCUUCUGGCAACAAUGAACGGUAAUCAAUCAACCUGGAUGGGAAGUCCAGUUGCAUGGUGGCGCAUUCCCUGGUUUUGUGGCAUCCAGCAUAUACAAAAUGGGUUCUGUUGACUCACACUGCAACCAUCAGUGUGAAAUCCCUUGGGUCCACCCGCUUCUGGUUUUGCUCAGUGGCAUUUUGGGGGACAUGAUUCCCCCUAUAUAUUUUUCUUGUUACAUUUUUUUCUUCUUCACCAUCUGUUAAUAUAUGAUCAUGUCAGUGUUUAUUUCUCAACAUUUUGGCUGCUUGAUGCCAUUCAGAUUUGCUAGAAGGUCUGCAACACUCAGAAUUCUUUGUCAGCAUUAACAGCUGUAGGAUCAGAGGAGUUGUAACACUCCCUGGAAGACACUAGGUUGGGGAAGAUUGAUGUAGAAAGUAGAGCAGGGGCCCCCAACCCUUGGGCCACGGCUCCAUACCGGGUUGCGGCCCAUUCAGAACCGGGCUGUGCAAGCGGUGGGCGUGCCUGCCCACGGUCAAAGCUCCACUUGUGCGAGAGGCAGGCACACUCGCUUGUGCGCAAAGCUCCAUUUCUGGGGAACCAACCUCUCUCUCCCCUCCUCUGGCCACCGCCACCAGUCCACAAAGCUGGAAAGAUUAGGGACCACUGAUGUAGAGCAUCUCGUUAGAUUUCCCCCAUCAUAUUAUUUCAGGAGGAUUCUCUUUCUGCUUGCAAAAGUAAUUGUGUAGAAAUGUAGCCAUGGGAGUUAUGUUUUGUAUAAUUUCUGUGCAAAAUGUUCCUAGUAAAUAUUGUUGGGAAUUUAAAACGAUCGAUAUCGGAAGGCUGGUUCUCAUUCAACAAUCACUUGUUCAGCAGAAUGAGCAGUAUAUAUAUAUAUAUAUAUAGAUAUAAUCAGUUCUUGAAGCUGCAGCUCUUGCAGCAAUCCCCAUAGUUAUCUGAUUGCGAUCCAAGUACUUGGCAAUCAGCUUGCAAUGACAGUGUCGCAGCAUCCCACAGUCCCUUGAUUGCCAUUUGUGACAGUCACUUCAGGCUUCUGACAAGCCAAGUCAAUGGGGCAGCUAACUGGAGGUCAUGAAUGGCAGCCACAUCACUCUGUUAACAGCAUUAUGAUAUUUGCUUGAUAGUAACAAGAGCCAGAACUACUGUCAAUCAGCAGCACAGUUAGGUGACAUUGUUCUUUACAACUGCUUCACUUAGCGAUGGGAAUUCCCGUCCAAAUUGUUGUUGUUAACCGAGAACUAUCAGUACUGAAAAUAUUUCAGCUUGCUUGUAUCGUCCAUCCCCUUCACACAACUGUGUCCUGAAGUAAUCCUAGACAUCCAGCCCAUAAUCUAAGUGAUCCCAUGUUUCCCAGAGAGGCAAGUAUACCCCAGACUUUAACCAUGAAAAUGGAAGAAUACAUUUUAAUUACUUUCCGUAAUUAUUCCAGCAAUACAUUGCUGUCAGUUCAGGAAACUGGGAAUUUUUGCCAUGCUGUAAACGGACAUUAUCUUUACUUAUUGUUUCAUUAUAGCAGCAUGGUUUGCAGAUAGCUGCCAAAACAGGUUUAAUUUGCAGAAGGAAUUAUUCAAGGAACAAUUCAAAAUCAAACCAUUCUGAAAUCAUUUUGUUCCUUUAUCUCGUAUUCAGAGAAGAGGGAACAAAAAGUAAAAGUGACAUUCAGUUUACACUUAAAUGAACCACAGAGUGAUUUUUAGUGGCCAUUGCUUGCUGAUACUUCUCUCUGAGGAAAACCCUCUUUGAUUUUAUAUUGGGGUAGAUAUCUGGCCAGAUUUUAAAUCAACACAGCAAUAAGGGACAUGACGAUAUCCAAAUUUUCUAACUGCUUCUU